AUGGCUACGGAGCGAACGGCGCUCCUCUCGCCAGACUCGACCGUUCGCGGACCCUCACAUGCCGAGCCUCAGAGCGACUGCAACGGCUUCCUGGGGCCUGGGGCGGAUCGCAUGGAGCAGCUCGCAUCUUGCGACGUGUUUGGCAAUGCACACUGGUUGAUGAAGCGUAUCAGACGGGACGUGGAUGUUGCAGUCUCGGAGAGCCAGUUCUUCACUCCCGAGUUCCACUUCACGACGAUGCGCCCACUCGAAGCCGACCUAGCCGACCGCUGCGACCCAUCGAUCGUCUACGUCCUCCUCCUCUGCCGCCUCCAGUUCAUACGCGAGCGAGACUCGGCGCUCGCCUCUUCGUCCAUCAACGAGACUCGCGCGCGGUUAUGCGAGAUCAUGGCUGUCAAGCUUUUGCGGCAUCAGGCAGCCUUGGCAAAGGGACCGAAUCAGGGGUUGUUGGCGAUGGCGCGAGCGCUCGUCGGCGGGUUCCAUGCGUUUCAGGGGGCGAGCGAGGAGGUCGUCGAGCGAAUCAGGGAGCGAGAGGGAUACUCGAGUCGGGUUGCGGCGCAAGGGGCGUCAAAGACGAACGCGCUCGAACUCGCCAUCCUUGGGAAGGCUCGCCACUUCAUCAAGAGCCAGACCUGCCAGCGAGUCAUCAACGCCAUCUACGACGGCCGCAUCACCUACACGAGCUCGUCCUUCAUCGACUUCCUCGGCGACCGGUACAAGACGCGCGAGGUUUCGCUGUACGAGGUGCACAAGGCGCCGGUGCUCGACCACUACCGCCUGCGCGUUCCCAAGUACCGCGCCGUCAUCGAGUUCUGCACCUUCAUCGUCCUCUUCGUCUCGUUCCUCCUCGUCAUUCUCGACCGCCACAGCCGGUACGAUGGCACGCCAGUCUCGAAGCUCUCGUGGAUGGAGCUCUGGUUCUUCUUCUACUCGAUCGGCUACACGCUCGACAAGAUCACGUCCAUCGCCGAGCAUGGGUGGUCCGUCUACGCCGCCGGACUGACGAACGGCCUCGACGCCGUCAGCCUGCCCAUCUACUGCGCCGCAUUCGUUCUUCGCGCCCACAGCGUUUACACGAACGACGCGAGGAUGAGUGAGCGAUCUUACGCCAUCCUUAGUCUCGCUGCAUGCUUGCUAUUCCCAAGGCUCGCCUUCACCGCCAUCUCGAACAACCUCCUCAUCCUGAGUUUGCGCGCAAUGCUGCUCGACUUCUUCUUCCUGAUGAGCAUAACCGUUUUCUGCUUCAUUGGUUUCGUCUUCGCGCUCAACCACCUCUCCGAGGGCGCCUACUCGGUGAUGCGCAUUAGCGAAUGGCUCGUCUUCAUCUUCUUCGGCCUCGACGGUUCUGGCAUCGACGAAUCGCCCAAGUUCGAUCACGUCCUCGGACCCAUCCUCUUCGUCUCGUUCGCCGCGCUCUCGAACACUCUCCUCACCUCCGUCCUCGUCGCCAUCCUGUCGACGACUUACGCUAACAUCGCGAAUGACGCUGCCGCCGAAGACAUGUUCCGCAAGGCUGUCGGCUGCUUCGAGGGCGUCAAGGGGAACAGCUUAUUCGACUACGUCCCGCCGCUCAACCUCAUUGCUCUCUGCGGCAUGUGGCCUCUCUCGCGCGUACUCUCGCCGCGCUGGUUCCACAAGGUCAACGUCUUCGCCACUCGGACGUUGUCGCUUCCGAUCCUCCUCAUUAUCGCCCUGUACGAGCGUCAGAGCGCGGGCGGCAGCUAUUUUCUCGAUUGGUGGGGCGACGUCAAGGUCGCGAUUACGGCGAGGCUACCGCGAAAGUGGGCCGAGAAGCUCAGCCUGCUCGAAGGCGCACAUUGGGAGUGCGAGGCGAUCUUCGAGUACACUCCGUCCGGCGACGAGAAGAGCUCGUCUGAGGAAGGCUUCGACGAAGACGAGUCGUUCGGCGGGCCGGACGAUGUUGAGGAGGCGGUUCUUGAAGCCGGGCGCGGCGGCGGCAAGCGGAUCAGCAGUCGCGCCUCGACGGCUCUCGACCCGGCCAAGGUGUACGCUGUGCAGCAAGAGAUGCUGGCGGAGGCGCAGCGCGAAGCGCAGAACGGCCAACCGCGAGCUUCCGCCCUCGUGACAGGCACGCCAACACCCUCCGCGCCCGUCCCGCUUUCUCGUCAAGCGUCUUUCGCAGGCGUUUCGGAGACGUCCACGAUCCGCGUCAAACCGAACCGACUGCCUUCGGCGCGCCACAGCGGUCUUCUCCCGAGCAGUCCGGAAGAACCGUCUACGUCUUCAGGCGCAACGGCGACGGCCUUCCCGCCCUUACCCCCUCGCACAGGCGACGACUCGCCUGCAGGCGGAGUCUCCGCAUCGCCUCCGGCCUCCCCCCGCACCCACUUCGCCGCCCUACCUAGCCGUUCUCAUCCCGUCGCCGCCCCAACCGGCGGAACAGGUCGCGAACUGCGACGUUUUCACACCGUCGACGAACGUCUCCCUGCAAAUGCCACCGGGACUCGGCAUCGACGCCGCCGCUCGAGCGUCGCCAGCGAUUACGGCGCCAUCUCGCGACUCGACUUGUCGAGCUCGGCGCCGACGAAGGAGAGUCCGCUCGCCAGGCUUUACAGUCUUCGUCAAGCCGACGACACGUUCGGUCCUGGCGGUCCUCGAGUCGGCGGCAUUAGCAGGCGGCUGAGCAUGGGUCCUCAUUCAAACGGAACUCGCGGUGAGGGAGCAAGCGCACGGACGCAGGCUUGGCUGGCAGCGACGGCGGCCAGUCUCGACAAGUCCGACGAGCCGACGCCGGGCGAGAUGAUGGCGCUCAUCCAGAGUCUUGUUUCGACUGUCUCACGUCUCGAGCAGAAGCUGGACGACGAGCGGGGGAAGAGGCGGGAGGCGAGUCCUGGCCAUGAAGCGGACGUCGAAGAGGAGGACUGA